CCCCGACCCGAAGCCAACAGCAUAAUUACGCCGCGAACCCGCGACAAAAGCUUUGCUGCCGCCGCGAGUGAAUUCCGGAAUCCCCAUUCAAUCCGACGCCACACACGAAACGAAACGAAACAAAACACAAGACAAGAGGGAGAGAGGAAAGCCGAAGGGCGACGACGCGGUCCCCCGAUUCCAAAUUCGCCCCUCUCGCGGCCGGCCGAGCGAGCGAGAGACCUCCCGAUUCGGAUCCCAUCUCCUUCCUGCUCGGAGCCGGAGCCUCGAUUCGAUUCGAUUCGAGCGGCGGCGGGGGCGGCGAUUCGACCGGGCCGGUAGCUACCCAGGCAGAGAGAGAGAGAGAGGAGAGAGGCAGGGGGAAGGAGAGAAGAGGAUGAGCUUCCAGGACCUGGAGGCGGGCCACGUCCGGGGGGCGCCGCUCGGCGGCGGCCGGAGGAACGGCCGGGGCCCCGCGGGGGGCGCCGGCGCGUCGCAGGCCGUGGCGUCGGGCGUCUUCCAGAUCAACACCGCGGUCGCCACGUUCCAGCGCCUCGUCAACACGCUCGGCACGCCCAAGGACACCCCCGACCUCCGCGACAGGAUACAUAAAACACGGCAACACAUUACACAACUAGUGAAGGAUACAUCAGACAAGCUUAAACAAGCUAGUGAGGCGGAUCAUCGCGUUGAAGUCAGCGCGACCAAGAAGAUUGCUGAUGCAAAGCUAGCUAAAGAUUUCCAAGCAGUCCUAAAAGAAUUCCAGAAAGCUCAACGAUUAGCAGUAGAGAGAGAAGCUGCAUAUGCACCUUUUAUUUCUCAAGCGGGCCUGCCACAGAGCUACAACUCAAGUGAAGUGAAUAAUGGUGCUGAUAAGUUGGCAGAGCAACGCACGCAGCUUCUAGAAUCUAGAAGGCAGGAGUUGGUCUUCUUGGAUAAUGAAAUCGUGUUCAAUGAGGCCAUCAUUGAGGAGAGGGAUCAGGGAAUACAAGAGAUUCAGCACCAAAUCACUGAAGUAAACGAAAUCUUCAAAGAUCUUGCUGUGCUAGUCCAUGAUCAAGGAGCAAUGAUAGAUGACAUUGACUCCCAUAUAGAGAAUGCUGUUGUGGCGACUUCACAGGCUAAAGGACAGCUUUCAAAAGCUGCUAAAACUCAGAAGUCGAACUCUUCGCUGAUAUGCUUGUUGCUGGUUAUUUUCGGAGUGGUCCUUCUCAUAGUGAUAAUAGUACUUGCAGCCUAAAAGCUUGGAAGGCAGCUGAGGUUCCAAAAUCUGAUCGAGCUUAUUGUGACAAAUUCCUUCAUAAGUUAUUUUUGCUGUGCAGCCAGGAAUGAAUCCUGGUAUCCGCCUGGAGGUAUCCAUGUGGUGAUUGGCGAUCUGCCUGUGGUAUGGUGGUGUGUGUAUGUGGUGAUGAUGUAUCUGGAAUGCAUGGGUGGUUUACAUAAAAGUAUUACUCUUUCCUGCCAGUGUAGUGCCUCUUGUCUCAUAUGCCCGCUUUGUUUAUAUAUUGUAAUGUGUGAGUGCGUGCUGUAGAACAAGGUUGGAUUAUCUGUGGUAUGAAGUUUCUCGAUUCCAUCAGAAACGCUUUUCUAUAUGUGAACUUCGUUUUCCCUUUU